ACUUCCCAUGCCUCCCUGCUGCAAUCGUGAAACGAUGACCGUCGGAAGCGUGAAACACCCGAACGUGUUGCCCCAGCCGGCCGCGGCUUCCACUGCCCGCGUGGCGGCUGCCUACGACUACCCAGGCACCGGUUCUAGUGGUGGUGGCAUCAGCGGCACCCUUGCACACGGUGCCGGCAGCCUACGAACGAACGGUACCGCCGGCAGUGGCCGCAUCAGUCACCAUUCAUCGGCCACCAGCUCCACAACCUUCGGUAUGAUGCGCUCCUCAACCAUACGGACGCUGUUCGGCCGGCCCGACCCAAACGACACCCGGCGAAUAUACGAAGAGCAUGUGAAAGCCGAACGGCAGCGCGUCAUCGCACAGUACGCAUUUGAUCCGAAAACGGGACACGGUCUUACCAGCGUCAGCAGUUCGUCAUCGUCGGGCGGACUGCAUCAUCAUCUUCAUCACCAGUGA